UAUCAUGGGGGGACUCAAUUGAAGCGAGACGAUCCACGAAAGGGACGCAGCGAAUCGUUCUGUUUAAGUUAGUGAGUCCAAACGAGUUUUUAUGUUUGGAAAUCGUAUUAAGCUUUUGUUGGAAACUGUUCCACUCAACGGGCAUAGUUGAGGCGUUUGUGCGGUCAAACUAUCGCGUUUGAAUUUCGAAAAGCGGAGGGGAUACUGCUGAUUGGCUCGUUGUGGCCGAUACACUGUGAAACGAUUCGGUCGCGUGCGGUCGAGCGUAGCGCGCCAACUGAGCUUUUUGAAAUAAGAACACGAGUUCGAAUGCUCCAUUAUUAUUUCGGAUAUUGAAUAAAACCAACAAAUAAAAAAAUAGUGAUAAUUAUAAAAUGUAUUGCGAUCAAAAGUAUCGGUGAGGACAUACAAGUGUCAGUGUUUUGAUAAACAGUUACAGUAACAUAAUUAAGAUGUCUUCAGUGCAUUCUGACGACGAUCAGGAGGAGAUUAACGUAGACUCUGACAGCAGGCUGUCGGGGCAGUGCGACAGGAGUAUCGCGUCAGAGGACCGCGACUCCGAGCACAGCUACCACGGGAGGUACCAUGACUCACCGAACGAGCACAUGACUGACACCCAACAGAGAGUGAACCUCCCGUUCAGCAUAUCCCGGCUGCUAGGCAAACAAUUCGAGGAUAUAGAUAAACGUCGAAAUUCUGGGGAAAGUGACGACCGUAGUGAUCAGGACACGGAAUCGGAAAGUGUUAAAGACGAGGGGAAAGACGGCUCUUUGCCUUUGAACUUUUCGCAUACUCCCGGUUUGUAUCCCAAUUCUGGACUGUUGUUGAGACCUGGGCUAGGCAUUGGGGCCGGUUAUGGGUUCUCGAGUAAUCCCGGGGUGGUCAGAGUGCCGGCUCACAGGGCGCUUGGGGCUCUGGGCGCGUGGGGCGUCACCAUGGACCCCAUGAGACAGGCGGCCGCUGCGGCCUUCGCGCACCAAAUUGUUAAGGAUAGAUUGAAUGCGUCAUUUCCCAUCACGAGGCGGAUUGGACAUCCUUACCAGAAUCGAACGCCUCCUAAAAGAAAGAAGCCAAGAACAUCAUUCACACGACUCCAGAUUGCUGAACUAGAGAAGCGAUUCCAUAAACAGAAGUACUUGGCGUCAGCUGAAAGAGCGUCAUUAGCUAAAACAUUGAAAAUGACGGACGCACAAGUAAAAACCUGGUUUCAGAAUCGACGAACUAAGUGGAGACGCCAAACAGCUGAGGAACGCGAAGCCGAGAGACAAGCAGCAAACCGCUUGAUGCUGUCACUCCAAGCAGAAGCCUUAAGCAAGGGCUAUAUCCCUGAACCGCCACCAGGUUCAGCUCAGCUCUCAGCGCUUCACUACCAAAACCCGUCUAACAACGCGCCAGCACCACCGUCAAACACCGCUUUAAGCGCUUUACAGAAUUUACAGCCGUGGGCAGGGAAUCAGAAUAGCUUUAUGAAUGCGCAAGCGCAGUCGGCCCCGCCCCCUCACCCCCCACCCGUCGCCUCUCCUAUAUGUUGAUUUAGAUUUUUGAGAUAGAAAAAGGCAUUUGAAAUGUUUACAAGAAUAACAAUUGUAUGAAUUACGUCUUAAAAUGUUUGACAAGACGGUAUGUCAACUAAGUGAGGACAAAAGUUGACGUAACGGCGGCAUCCAAUCAAUAAAAUUUUAAGCUUAUUGCUCUUGAAUAAAGUUGAUGUUUGAAUAUCACCAAUGAAGUCUUUUGUGCUAUUUCAUAAACACUGUCUUUGUUUUAAAGGAGAAUUAAUAUUUAAAUACGCUUUUAACAGAGUUUUCUUUGAAGAUCGAUAUCCCGCCCUCAAAUGUACUUAGCUGUUUCUUAAUAUUUAGACAAUAUUGUACAUACAGUCGUUAUUAAAGGUGUUUUAACUAUGAUAGUACUGCUAAAAAUACCUACAUCUUAUACUAAAAUGCGUGUAUAUGUUUUCAAAAACUGAAAUACUUUUCUGAACAUCUUGCGAAAUACAUUUGAUCUUUUCACUCUUUUCAGGCUAAAUCUAAGAUAUAAUUGUGUUUCAAUCUUUUAGUGAUACUUCAUUGGCCAGUUAGCAUACUCAAUUAAACUAGCAUAUGUAUUGUAAAUGUGAAAAAAUAAACGCUGAUAAAAUUUGCACUGUUACUCCAAAUUCUAAGUAAGAUGAGAUCGCAAAUACAAAGAGAGGCAAAACUUAGUUAUAAACAAUUAUAUUAAAAAUAAAAUACUCUUGCCUUUAUUACAACAAAACUUAAAAACUAAAACAUAAUUUGAAUAUUCCUUUAAUGUCUUAUCAAAGUGACAGAGAAACUUAAAUUUAGUAUCACCCCUACCUAACUUUUGUCGGGCGAUAG